UAUAUGAUUUACAAUGAAUUCAACAAUAUUUAUUCUGCAUGCAUAGCUGUAUCCCCAGCAUAUUAUCCUAUCCUCUUACAUAUAGUAACUUAAUAUCGUCUUUAUACAUUCCAUUUUCCCAUACCUAGAAAUCUCUCACAAAUGACUAAAUUAUCAUCUUUGUUGUCACUGAAAGUCAGGCUGGUGAACAUGGAAUGAACAGGUAGAAUUCUCAAGGAGCAACUUCUGUACAACAGAUUUCCAUUGCAUUACCUGGAGUAAAUAUUUUCCUCUUAUGCAAGGCUGGUAAUGAGGCUCAAUAACACUGCUUCCACCUUCCAGCUUACUGGCUUCCCAGGCAUGGAGAAAGCACAUCACUGGAUAUUCAUCCCAUUAUUGGUAGUCUACAUCUCCAUACUUCUUGGCAAUGGCACUCUUCUCUUUCUCAUCAGGAAUGAUCAUAACCUCCACGAGCCCAUGUACUAUUUCUUAGCUAUGUUGGCAGCUACAGACCUUGGAGUGACAUUGACCACAAUGCCUACAGUGCUAGGUGUUCUGUGGUUAAAUCACAGGAAGAUUGGCCAUGGAGCCUGUUUCUUGCAGGCCUAUGUUAUCCAUACUCUUUCUGUCGUGGAGUCAGGUGUCCUGCUUGCCAUGGCUUAUGACCGUUUCAUUGCCAUCCACAACCCCUUAAGAUAUACCUCUAUCCUGACCAACAUCCAGGUAAUGAAGAUUGGUGUGGGGGUAUUGACAAGGGCUGGUCUGUCCAUUAUGCCAAUAGUUGUUCGCCUACACUGGUUUCCCUAUUGUCGAUCCCACGUGCUCUCCCAUGCCUUCUGUCUACACCAAGAUAUCAUCAAGCUAGCGUGUGCUGACAUCACCUUCAAUCGUCUCUAUCCACUUGUAGCUGUAUUUGCAAUGGUCUUGUUGGACUUCCUCAUGAUCUUUUUCUCCUACAUUUUGAUUCUCAAGACUGUCAUGGGCGUUGUUUCUGGAGAAGAAAGGGCCAAGGCCCUCAACACAUGUGUCUCUCAUAUCUGCUGCAUCCUGGUCUUCUAUGUCACUGUAGUUGGUCUAACGUUUAUUCAUAGGUUUGGAAAGCACAUUCCUCAUGUGGUUCACAUCACAAUGAGCUACAUCCACUUCCUUUUCCCACCUUUUAUGAACCCGGUUAUCUAUAGCAUUAAAACUAAGCAGAUUCAGAGUGGUAUACUUCACUUAUUCUCCCUGUCUCACUCUAAGACAUGACUUUGUUUCACUGCUCUCUGAGGAAUAAUUCAGGGAACCUGGACAGGAUGAUGACAUUGCUGGCAUAACUAGGGAAAGUCAUCUCAGUGAGAACUAACCAAUCCCUCAGCAUUUCAAUGGAAAUCAACCAAUCCCUCUCCUACUUAGAGCAUUAUUUCACCCUGCCUGUCUAUUGCUAAUUUGUAUGUGGUAUAAAAUAUGUACAACACUAAGCACAUAUCUCAGUGCUCAACUGACAUUGUUUUCUCCAGGUAGUUUAACUCACACUGUUUCAUUAGCCUAUGGCGGCACCAUAAGUAUACAUACAAACUUACCUGCACACACACACUAUUAUAUAUAUUAAAUUUAUAAUUUAUAUAUUUAUAAUUUAAAUAUAUAAAUAUUUGUAAUUUAAAUAUAUAUUAAAUAUAUAAUUGAUGUAUUUAUAAUUUAUAAAAACCUCUGGCUUUGUCCAAGCUGUGGUGACCCUCUUGUACUUGAUCCCUUCUCAUCAACUGUAAAGUUGCUUUCUCCAGACCAGAAUUUAAUUUAUCUGCACCAAGUGCAUGGUAUUGAGGGGCUGCCCUAUAGAAGAUGUGAUGGAUUAUUCUGCUGUACAAGAUUAUCUUAUUCCCUUGCCUAGAUAGGAGCCACUGCAGCUGGACGUAGGCUAGUUGGGAUGAGCAGCUAAGUAGUCUUCUCUCUUGUUUUUAUGAGAUCAGUUCAAAAGAUGGAACAUAUUCAUUUAUCCCUAAAAAACACUGUAAGAACAGCUCCUAUAUAUUUCCAUUGCUUUAUGUUUAUGCAAUUCAUCUUCACAGACUGUCCUAAGGUAAUAUAGGUGAUGUUUUCUGUAUCCGCAAAUCAUGUGUAACAAUUAUGGUUUCAGUGCUGUGUCAUUUCAAAUAAACCUUGGAAAAUCUC